GGCUGCUGCCCCAAUGCGCUGCGCCGGGAGCCGGGGCCGAGUCGCCGCCGCAGCUGCAGGGGCGCCCGGGCCGGGUGACGACGCCGCCGCGUGCGCCCCUCCCAGGCCCUGCCGGCCGCAUGGAGCCCCCGGAGGGCGCCAGCCCGGGAGGGGUAGUUAAGGAGGUCGAGGUGCCAAGGGCUGCCCUGGGCACCCCCGUUCCUGGGACGGGGACCAGCAACCACUCACCUGUGGCCGAGGAGGAGGUGGGCGUCCCAGUACCGGCACCGGGUCUCUUGCAGGUCACGGAGAGGCGGCAGCCCCUGAGCAGCGUCUCGUCCCUGGAGGUACACUUCGACCUCCUGGACCUCACCGAGCUGACUGACAUGUCCGACCAGGAGCUGGCCGAGGUCUUCGCCGACUCGGAUGACGAGAACCUGGCCAGCGACUCGCCCGCAGGCCUACACCCGCUGCCCAGGGCCGGCUGUCUGCGCUCCCCCUCCUGGACACGCACCAGGGCCGAGCAGAACCGUGAGAAGCAGCCCUUUGGUGACCCCGAGCGGCAGCCUGCCGUUGUGGACACGUUUCUCACCGUGGAGAGGCCCAAGGAGGACUAGGCCGGCUGGCCCGGGGCCGAGGCGGGGCAGGUCCGGGCGGCCGUGGCCCCGUGGACGCUGCCCGCCCCACGUGGCGCCUCUGCAUAAGCACAGCCCAGUGGCCUUACGUCCAGCUCUUCCUGGUCGCUGGAUCAGGGACCAGGCCCAGGGAUGAGACGAGACUUCUGUCUGUAGGAAUGGUAUUCUUCUCUGUCACCAGACUCCCGGCUAGGGGUGCGGUGAGCAGGGAUCUGCCCGUGAGAGGCGCUCUGCAACCCCCCGGGGGUCUCGGGGCUCCAGUCUUGAACGGCAGUGCCAAGCUCCAGCCCGCGGGACACCCUGCUGCCCUAACCGCCUUGAUUCCAACCCUGCGCCCCUCCUGCCGCCCAGGAAGUGUCAGCACCAGAGCCCCCAGACCCUAACACCCUGCUUGUCGUGAGCCCUGCCUGAGAGCCAGACCCACCUCCUGAGCUCGGAACACCAAAUAUGUCACGACUGCCUCAGACCGCCGGGCAGGGCAGGGGCAGGCGAGGUUCGCCCUCCCCCGGUCCUUGCAAUGACAGUCCCCGCGGCCCACCAGACACACGCACGCACACGCGUGCAGCAGCCCGAGGGGCGUGGGGACGUGAAGGCACCUGGGCACAGCGCCUGGCCCCCAAUUCCGGGGUGCCAGACUCGGCUGCUCCGGACGCUGCUUACAUACUAAGGGACGCAACCGGCUUCCAGUCAGACAGCGAGUCCAAGAACAGUUUUAAAAUAAACGUGUAAGCUUGCUUUUAGUCCCCAAGGCCACCUGCCCUGACCCCUUCUCCACUGAAACAUUUCUGGGGAAGGAAAACAGGCCUGGGCACAUGCUGGGCCCACGGGGCGUGGCUACAGCGCGUCCCGCCAGGAAAAGGGUCGCCUAUGCGCCAGCAGGGGCACGUGAGGGGCAGCAACAGGGAGGUGUCUUCCAGACACAACCAAGAAUUUCACUUAAAAGGGAUCCCGUGAGGGCAGCCGUGGCCCCCCGCCCCCCAGUCUUCCCCCGGGCCGAGUUCCCAUCCUUCUCGCUAUGGCUUCUGCAGAUCUCAUUUCCAAACAGCAGGAUUAAAACGGCACCCUGUCCUAA